UACAUAGUGAGUUCAAGACCAGCCUGGACUACAGAGCAAGACCCUGUCUCAAACAAACAAGAAAGUUUUUGGAAGUAUCUCUAAAUGUCUGUAGUGGUAUAUGAGCAGCUUAAGAGAAGUUGACUUCAGUGGGAAUAAUCGAGGCAAGUUUCUGUGUGUCAUCAGAUUUAUUCAGAAGUUUGACAGAGUCUUUCUUUGAAUUUAAGAAUUGUGUACAUUUAAUAAGAAGAUGAACUUUCAAUUUAAUUUCAAUAUAGAAGAAGAAGAAAAUGAAUUAACAUGCCUUGAAGAUGGAGCUUUGACUCUGGAUCCCUCAAAAGGGUCAUCAACCUCAAAAAGUCAAAAAGGAGGACAGAAAGAGAGGAAACAGUCUAUGGAACAGUCUGACCUGCCUCCAGAGCACUUGUGGCAAUGCAGGACAACGGGAAAUGUAGAGCCCUCUCAAGAUUAUGACAGCCCAGUCAGUGCAGCCAAUAGUGCAAGGGACUCGGACUCAAGGGAAAAGCAACCCUGCCUGGGAGCUGCCAAAGAACAUGCUAUUCCUAAAGAUUUGAAGAAAGUGUUAGAAAAUAAAGUCAUAGAAAUGUUACCAGAUCUUCAACAUGUUAACAUACCAGUAGUGAAAACUGCCUGGUCAAAAAAAAACUUUCCUGAAGAAAACAUAAUUUCCAAAAGCUUGUCUUCUCACUCUGAUCUGAUUACAGGUGUUUAUGAAGGAGGCUUAAAAAUCUGGGAAUGUACGUUUGAUCUCUUGGCUUAUUUCACAAAGGCCAAAGUAAAAUUUGCUGGGAAAAAAGUGUUAGAUCUUGGCUGUGGAUCAGGAUUGCUGGGUAUAACUGCAUUCAAGGGAGGGGCCAAAGAAAUUCAUUUUCAAGAUUAUAACAGUUUGGUGAUUGAUGAAGUGACUUUACCUAAUGUAGUUGCUAAUUGCACUUUGGAAGAUAAGGAAAGUGAUGUAAGUGAACCAGAUGUGAAAAGAUGCAGAAAGUCAGAAGGAGCACAAGAACUUUGUAAAUGCCGGUUCUUUUCUGGAGAGUGGUCUGAGUUUUGUAAGCUUAUAUUAAGCAGUGAAAAUCUCUUUGUAAAAUAUGACCUCAUUCUUACCUCUGAAACCAUUUAUAAUCCAGAUUAUUAUACUACUUUGCACCAGACAUUCCAUAGACUAUUGAGUAAAGGUGGGCGGGUUCUUUUGGCCAGCAAAGCACAUUAUUUUGGUGUUGGUGGAGGUGUUCAUCUUUUUCAGAAGUUUGUAGAAGAAAGGGAUGUAUUUGAGACUAAGAUACUAGAAAUAAUUGAUGGAGGACUGAAGAGGUUCCUAAUUGAAAUGGCUUUUAAGUGCCCUAGUUAA